AUGAAUACCAGUCACUCCCACGCCAAUGGCGUAGCGGGGUCCGCGAAAGUGAAGGUCAAGGAGGAGAAAGAGCCUGUGAUUGACGCUGGCCUGCGCAGUCUGGAUCAUUACAAGCGCGCCCUUCCAAAAUGGCGGUACGACUUGCGACAGCGAGCCCUUCCUCUCGUCAGAUGGGAAACCCCGUAUCUGGCCUGGCUACAGGCUACCUUGCGCUCGCCUGCGCUCGAUAGCUACUUCGCCAUCACUGCCAACCUUGGAACACAUACCUUCUUCAUGAUCGGAUUGCCUAUCAUGUUCUGGUGCGGGUAUGGCUCUUUUGGAAAAGGAAUCGUACAUAUCCUCGCGACAGGCGUCUUCUUUACUGGCUUUGUCAAGGACUUCUUCUCUCUACCGCGCCCUCUAUCACCACCUCUCCAUCGUAUCACUAUGUCUGGCUCUGCGGCACUCGAGUAUGGGUUCCCAUCGACCCACUCUGCCAAUGCUGUCUCAGUCGCCGUCUACGCUAUCCUAUGUCUAAGAUCUCCAGAUAACCAAUUUCAACCCAGCACCCAGUCCACCCUUGAAGGGCUAGCUUACUUCUACGCAAUUAGCAUCAUCUUCGGUCGCUUAUACUGCGGUAUGCACGGCUUCGUCGACGUCAUCUUCGGCUCUGUCCUUGGCGCUGUCUUGUCCCUGAUAGAAUUCUACUAUGGCCCCGCUCUCGACGCCUAUCUCCAGAUUAACGGUUGGACGAGCUUAUGUACCAUGCUAUUAAUAAUUAUCGUCCUAAUUAGAGUCCAUCCCGAACCGGCGGACGAUUGUCCUUGCUUCGACGACAGCGUCGCAUUCGCAGGAGUCAUGAUGGGCCUCGAGAUCGGGACAUGGCGCUUCGGACGCUCGUCCUUCGCCGACAUCCCGUUCGACCUGUACGCGCUUGGGUGGCUCGUCGUAAUCUCCCGCAUCCUCUUCGGCGUUCUAGUCAUCUUCGCGUGGCGCGAGGUCGCCAAGCCCGCACUGCUGCGGGGUCUUCCGCACCUGUUUCGCCUGAUGGAGAACAGCAGCCUGGAUCUCCCGCGCCGCUUCUUCGUCCCCGCUUCCGAGUACAAAAACAUUCCACUAAAGCUGCGCAUCGACAACGUCAUGCCGAAUGUGAGCGAUCUCCCGGGGCUUAUUACAGCGGUACGGCACCCAGGCCGCGGGAGGAGCGUGAGCGUGGGUCCGCAAAGUGCGGCGGAUGCGUACGAGACGUUAGCGUAUAGAGAGAGGCGGAGGAGGGAGAGCGUCGAUGAUGGGAACGGCGGGCUGAGGAGCAAGGAUAGUGUUCCGGAUAUUCGGCAGCAGAGUCUAGGACAGCAACAGCUAAAGGACGAGAAUAUAGCCGUCAGCAGCAGUAAUAGCAGCAGCAGACAGCGCCCGAGCGAUUUCGAGAAGAUGAUGGGAGAAGGCAGAGUAGUCGUUUCGCCGGUCGAGAUCACGGUCGGAGAUAAGGGCGAGAGCGCUACUAUGGACGAGGAACCCGACGUGUAUGUAGGCCAGCAGGACGAGUUGGGCGAGCACGAGGUCUUCUCGAAAUUGGUUAAGUCCCGGGUCAGGUAUGAUGUCGAGGUUGUUACGAAGCUUGUUGUUUAUGCCGGAAUCGGCUGGCUUGCCGUCGAAAUCAUACCCGUACUAUACGAAGUCAUCCCCGGCCUAGGCGCCGGACACCUACGUGUAGCAUAG